AUGGCGAGCAGCGCGGGGGACCGCUUCCUGAGGCAGCUGAGCGCGAGCAACGGCGACGAAGGGGUCUGCGGCGGCCUGCAGCUGGACCAGCAGCAGUACGGCGGCGCCGGCGCGGGGAGGAGGGGCUCCCGGAGGUGGUCGAAGAAGCGGGCCGCCGCCGCCGCGAGGGGCUACGGCGCCGGCGCCGGCGGCAGUGGGUACGGCGUGAAGCAGCAGGCUGAGGCCGCCUCUGCCGCGAGGAAGCGGGUGAUGGUGGUGGUGGACGAUACCUCGGGCGCCAAGCACGCCAUGAUGUGGGCGCUCACCCACGUCGCCAACAAGGGGGACUUCCUCACGCUGCUCCACGUCCUGCCGCACUCCGGCAGCGGCAGGGGCGAGGAGGCCUCCUCCCUCGCCAACUCGCUCGGCACGCUCUGCAAGGCCUCCAGACCAGAGGUGGAGGUUGAGGCCCUUGUGAUCCAAGGGCCCAAGCUCGGCACCGUGCUCAGCCAAGUGAAGAAGCUGGAGACCUCCGUGCUGGUGCUCAGCCAGUGCAAGCCAUCUCCCUACUGCUGGCUAAGCUGCUUCCUACGGAGCAGCAGCGAGGAGUUUGUGGAGCAGUGCAUCAACCAGGCGGAGUGCCUGACGCUGGCGGUGAGGAAGAAGAGCAAGGGCGUGGGUGGGUACCUCGUCAGCACCCGGUGGCAGAAGAACUUCUGGCUCCUGGCCUGA